UGGAGAUUGGACAACCGCCCUGCUUCAGUUUAGUGCCGCUGACACCCUCACAAAGCCAGGAACUGUGCUUCAACAGCAACUUCUUCAGUCCUCAAGACUCUGGCCGUAUGCUCAGCUUUCGUACCGGAACAAAAAUCACCAGGGAUCAGUAUCCCGUUUCUUCUGCCUUUUGUUUGUUCGCCAACAAGGCUCGGCGGAAACAAUCUUUCGCCGCGUCGACUGAUUCAAUCUCCGGAUCGCCAAACUCCCAUCACCAAUGAGCCACGCCCUGUGUCAAUCAGAAUGACUUCAUCCGGGUCUUCGAAGGAUCUCGCCAAGGCCCUCAAUGCCUUCCUCAACGCGCCGACACUUCCACUUCCCGCCGAGAUCAACAGUAUCAUAGCACUGUAUCUCGAGAAGCACGAAAAGUACGAUGAAGCGUCCGGCGAGCGGUUAGGCGAUGAGCUCCUCGCCAUUUGGGAAAAAGUCGUGCAGGAUCACCCUGAAAGAUACGCCGCCUUUCUCGCUAUCCUGCGCCAACUUCGUCCAGGACUCCGGACACCCGCAAGGGUCUUCAAAUGGUGGGAUAAGCUUCUCGAUCCGGUUAUGGACCAUGUCGGCCGGGAGAAGGGCCUGGCGAGGGAGGUCAUGGACCACACUUUGGAUCUGCUCUCGGCCGAUGAGUACGAUGAUCCCGCAGCCUGGAGCGAACAGGGUCUUGUGCCGCUCGUGAACCGGCUCCUCACGAGGUGGAUGGAGUUGCGCGAGACCCAACCGGAUCUCCGUCCUUCGACCGACCUCAAGGAGCAGAUGAUCAAGGAUGCGCUUAUGGCGUUCGGCAAGAGGGACCCCAAAGGAUUCAUGGCGGCCCUAAACGACUUUGUGGUCAAACGGGAGCAUAGGAACUCGGCUCUAAGCCUCCUCUGCGCCUUCGUUUCCAGUGGUCCACCGCAUCUACAUCUCAUUUUGCAGACAGACCUGUUCAAGAAUAUCUUGCACUCGCUUCAGAAAGAUGAGUCGACGGCGACGGUCAAUCUGGCCCUCAUAGCUUUGGUCAUGAUUCUUCCGUUUAUACCGAGCUCGCUGGGCGACUAUCUCCCAACCUUGUUCAAUAUUUACGCCCGCUUGCUCUUCUGGGACCGGGAUUCAUAUUUCGCCCAGCGGCAUACCGAGAUGGGGACAGAGAACGGGGAAGGUGGGGGUGGUAUCCCUUGGGAUAAGUCUCUGUUGGAUCCCGAUUAUGAUGGGCACUCCCUCUCAUAUCUGCCCGAGUACUUCACCAUUCUAUACGGACUCUACCCCAUCAACUUCCUCGAUUACAUUCGAAAACCGCAGAGAUACCUACGUCAUGCGAAUAACGCCGAGGACAUCGACGUUCAGGCCAUGGAGAUACGGGACCGAUCGGAACGAUUCAGAAAGCAGCACCUUUUGCACCCCAAUUUCUACAACUUGACUAUCCAGUCCGAAAAGGAAGACAUGAGCCGCUGGAUAAAGAGCGAGGCGGAUGAGGUCCUUGCGGACUGCAUGGCUUUGGUCGUGGACCAAACGCCUGGCUUGGUGCAUACUCGCCCGGUUACACCUCUCCCUGGGACACCUAGCUCAGCCUUGGGUGACGGCCCUGAGCCAGACGGCUUUGACUAUGCGCUCCUGCGUGAUCCGGCCCAUAUCGACCCUUCCCACCCAGCAUUGUCUACAAGCUCCAUGUCCAUCGGCCGAGCUCAUAGCCCGUCAAUACGCCGGGCCUCCCAAUCGAGUCAGCCAUCAACCAAUGACGUGGCUGAAACCAAAAAACGCGGAUCGGGUGAUGACAGCCCGACGCUGCCGCAGAACCCUGGUCAAACGAUGUCUCAGGGUCAGACGCGAGACCCUGUGCACUGGAGCAGCCUAAGCAAAAGUGGACUGCACCAGUCGUUUACCAACGACAGUGUGCCAUCUUUGCUUCUCAGCUCUCAGGAGCAAGAAGUGCAAAGGGGGCCGCAGCAACAAUUUGUCGUCCAUGGGCCGGGAUGCAAAGCAGGUUCUAGCUCCAUGGACGAUCAUGUGACUUUUCUUCAGCACCAGAGACUCCGCCUGAUCAACGACUUGCAAUAUGAGAGGUUCAUAAAGGAGCAACAUAUGGUACACAUGGGAGAACUCCGGCGGCGACAGAUUAGAGUAUCGGCCACGGAAGCCGAAACGCAGAACUUGGUGAUGGCGAACCGAAGUCUGAAGCAGCGACUCGACGAGGCCAAGAGAGGCGAGGCGCAGAUCAAGAAAGAGUUCGACCACCGCCGGAACAUGGCCAAGAAGUGGGAGAGCGACCUGUCAAACAAGCUGCGAGCACUCCGUGAGGAACAAAAGAAGUGGGAUCUGGAAAGCACCGUCUUGAAUCAGCAGCUGCAAAAGGCGCGGGCGGAAUGCGAGCACUUGCGCCGGAUUGUUGCAGAGGCCGAGGACAAAAGGCUUAAGUCGGAGCAGAAUCUGGAAGCGGUUGAUAUCAGCACCGCUAUGAUUGAGAGGCUCAAGGCUGAGAUCGCGCGUCUAUCCGCCUCAGAAAGGGAGUUCCAGGGCAAGGAGAUGAAAAUGGAGGCUGCGAUGCAAGAGGCAGAGAUGGCCCAGGCCAGGGCCCAACAAAUGGUCGCAGAGAUUACUGCCCGAGAGGAACAGCUGCACGAGACAGAACGGCUUUACGAGUCACAAAUCGAGGACCUGAAAGCGCAGCUUGCCAGGGCACUCCAGGAAAAGCCCAGGAAACUAUCUGCAGACGUGGCAGCAACAUACGAGAGCGUCCUCUCACCUCUCCGAACGAAGAACACGGCACUCCAGCGGCGAUACGAUACCCUAAUGAAGAAAUACACGGCCCUCGAGUCCACUCUCUUGGAUAUGCAAUGCCGCAUUGGGCAAACGGGAGGGAGGUCUGAGCAGGGCUCAUCGGCCGGCGUGGACGACGAAUCAUUGACGGUGGCCAGAAGCCCACCGGGUAUUCCGAGCCGGUCGCGAGGGUUCUCGGACCCGGAAGCGGUCGAGGGUCUGCCGCAAGGCACAGUGCCUUUGCCGAAUUCGUCCGGGUCCGGGCUCCAGGCUCCGUUAAGCCCGACAGGGCAGGUCGAGGUCAGUGACGGCGCUGGAUCAGGAAAGGCAAGCCCCACUGCAGAGAGAUAUCAUGGCCGAGGAGGAGUUCAGAAUACGGCUCGGAAAGAGCGCAAAGAUAAGAAGGAAGAGAAAAGCGAUAAAAAGGACAAGAAAUCGAUGGGAAUGAGGGCAAUCCGGGGCUUUGUAUGAUUAUCCGAAGUUCUAAGCUUGCUGUUUCG